AUGGUAACAAAGGCGUCUAACAGGCGCUGGAACUGAUUCGGAAUGGAAAACCAUGAAAAAUUUUUUGAACUAGAAGAAAGAAUCAAAGUUUAUGAAGCUGAGAUUAAAAAAAAGGAUGAAUUAAUUCAAAAGUUAUCCAGUAUGGAUAUUGGUGAGGUUGAACAUGUGAAGGAGUGUGAUAACCAUAAGAAAGUGGAUGAAUCUAAUGAACAGCAUCAAACACUCAUAAGGCGUGAAGAACUCGCAGCUUUAAGAAGUAAAGUUGAACAGUUAUGUGAAAAAACAUUAAGCCAAGAUGUUGAAAUAAAGGCAAAAUCAACUCUUCUCACAAAAGCUGAGUCAGAUCUAUUCAAGUUAACACAAAAACAAAAUGAAUUAUUAGCUGAGAAUGAAAAACUUCACAAACAACUAGUAGAUAGUAAAACAGACAUGAAUAAAAGUUCAACUGAAUAUGAAAUGUGCAAUAAAAAGUUGAAUGAAUUAAAACAACUAUUGAAAAAUGAACAAGUUAAAACAGAUGAAUUGAAAAAACGUUUAACUAAACAAUUAGAAGAGAAAGAAAAUGCAGAUUAUAAACUUGUAGAAACUGAAAAACGCUUAGAAAACUUCAUAACAAAAAUGAUUCAUAUAUUCGAUACAUUUUUCCAAAAUAAAGAACACUUGAACAUUACUGAGUGGAAUGAUGAAAGAAAAUUGGAAGACUUGAUAACAAAAGCUAAAGAUGUUGUCAAUGAAAAUUUAAAAAACAAGGGAUACAUACAAGAUUUAAUGGAUAGAUUACAAAAACGUGAAGCUGAAAAUGCUGAACAACAGCGUAAUGCAAAUCGUUUGGGUGAACUAUUGACUAAAAAUGUUUAUUGUGAAAAAGAAAACAAAGGUUUAACUCAGGAAUUGGAAUAUAUUCGACAAAAUGAAAAGAUGUUAGAAGAUCGUUGUCGUGUAUUGUCCAGAGAAUUAAUUGAUUCACAGAUUCAUAUUAGAGAAUUAGAGAAACAGCUAGCAGAGUCAACUCAGAAAGCUGAAAGGCACAACUGGAUAAAUCAAAACAGAUUUGAUGAAGAGAAUGCAUUGUUCCGAAAUUCAUUAGCAUCGAUGCUUUCAUACAAUAAUUAUCAGUGUAGUCCAACUGAAUUAUCAAUAAAAGAAAGUAUUAGAAAGCUAAUGAGUGACUUUCAAGAACAGAAAGAUUUAUGUUCACGACUUGAAGUUCGGUUAUCUGAUACGCAAGUUCGCUUAGAUAAUUCUCAGACGAGGAAAUAUGACGUUGAUCGUGCAUUGGAGAGAACAGAGCGUGAAUGUCUGGAGUUACGCGAACAGAUUCGCCGUUUAGAAACCGAUCUUACAAAUUCUGACCUAGUAAAACAAGAACAACGCUCAGAGAAACUAAAGAUUUUCUCCUAUCUCUGUCAACUAGCAGCCAAAGUAAGAAUAGAUGAAAAAGUUGCUUCAGCAAUGAGAUUCGAUGAAUUACAAGAAGUGCUUGCAACCAGAAUUGGACAAAUUGUUACUGGUGAAUAUGCCAUGUUGAGUGAUGUUCAAGCAAAUGCUGAUCGUGUUAAUGGAUUAAAUCGAAAAGUUAAACGACUACAAGAUAAAUUAGCUAGUAGAGAGAUACAAUUAGGUUUAUGGAAAGAAAAAGCUGGCAAAUUAGAAGAUCAGCUAUCCGGUAUGAAUGAAACUGAAAUGAAAGCUCAGGCAAAUAAAAUUGCUGCUGAAAAAUCUGCUGUCAAUGCUAGACGAUCAGAAUUAGAAGCUUCUCGACUUAAAGAUGAGUUGACUCGAUUAAGAGCAGACCUAUUAGAUUUUAGUGAUGCUAAAAUCAAUCUAAUUAAAUAUGAAGAGAAGAUAGCUGAAUUAACUAAAUCAAAUAAUGAUCUAGAGUGUAUACGUCAAAGUCAAGCGAAUAAAAUAGCUGAGCUAACAGAAAAAUUAGAAAUACAAACAACAGAUGAAGGCGAUGCUCGUAUUAGACUAGAAGAAGAAUGUAAACACCUGAGGAGUGAAUUACAAUCAAUGAGAAAGACACUGGAACAACUUCAACGUUCUGAAAGAGAGCUUUUAGAAUUCAGAGCACUUGUUGGCCGUCUUCUUGGCUUAGAUGUUGAAUUACUCACAAUACCUAAUUAUGAUAUAAUUAGUCGUUUAGAAAAUAUUAUAACGCAUCAUCAAUUUGUAAAAGACAAUUCCAUGACAUGCAUGCAUGAUAUGCAUUCACCUAGUAGAAAAUCACGUCCGCUGACUAAAGAUACUGGAUCCUAUCGUUGUAUGACAGCAGAAUACAUGGCUGGACCACACACAGCAAAGACUAGAUCAAAACAAGCUUGGGUUAAUACAAGUGAGGAUUCUUCAAGAAAUUUCAAUUGGUCUAGUUGUGCAGUUAGAGAUUCAUCAGAUAAACGUGGAGAAAAAAGUUGCCUACCAGAAGGUGUAAAACAUGAUCCAAGAAAGUAUUAAUUCUGUCAUAUUACUCAUAAUAAGGCAUCUUUGUUAAUGUGAAGCAGUCAGUCUGAUAUCUAUCUAUCUUUCUGUCUGUCUAUCCAUCUUUCUAUCUAUCUAUUUAUCUGUCUGUUCAUUUUUCUGUCUACCUGUUUAAAUCUGCUGAAGAAGCUGUGGCUUACACGGCGAAACGUUCAGAAAAAUCUUGUUUUGAUUUUCUUAACACUCUGGGAUUAAUUUAAAUAAUUCAUAAUGUAUCUGGGUUAUCUGCCUAUCUGUCUGUCCAUUUUUCUGUCUAUCUAUCUGCCUAUUUGUCUGUCUGUUUACCUAUCUAUCUGUCUAUCUAUCUUUCCAUCUGUUUGUCUACCAAUCAAUCCAUCUAUCUACCUAUAUUGCUAUAUGAAUCAAAUAUUAUUAGUAGCAAUACUGACUUUUUGUUCAUUUGUCUAAUGUUUAUUUCUUUAUCUAUAAAUAAUGGUAUUAAUUGAAUUAGGUGUCUUUCUAUUUAGAUUAUUCUACAUAAAACAGAUCUGAAUUUGAUUAUCUAUUCCAUAAACUGUUUUUCUUAUCUUCAGUACUUUUUUUGUUUAAAAAAAGCACCACAACAACAUUAAUACUUUGUCUAAAAAGGGUGUAUUCAUAACGAUUUGUAGAUUUAUUUUCUAUUAUUUGAAGUAAACGUAUUACCAACUGAUUUGUUAUAUAUUAUUAUAUUCCGGAAACAAAAGUGGAAGUUGUUCUAAUAUUCCAAAUUUUAUUCAUUGUUCAAUAGAUUGAGAAAGAGAGAAAAAACAUUAGCAACAAUUGGAUAGUGUGAAAUUCAGAUUAAAUCUUAAUCAUGUCAAUUUAACAUGCUGCUGCUUUUUUUCUUCGUUUAAUGAAGAAUAACGAGGGUAAAUUAGGCGUAAUUCGUUUUAUUGAUUGGAUGACAUGUUGUAUAAAACAGUAAGUGAUUAUAAUGUGCAUCGGUGGCACAGUGGUUAUGACUCUCGCCCACCAUGCACAUGGUCCGAGGUUCGACCCCCUGCCGACGCACACCUGAUAUCUAUGGUCUGACUGCAAAAUUUGG